CUUGGAUGUGUGGGUAUCGGUAUUAAAAAAAGAAUUUAUGACGUACAGACACAUUUCAGAUCGGCCUGACAUUAUUUGGACAGGUUGACUCGGAGGAAAGAGACGGUCGAGGACUUAUUGAGAUAAGCUAUGGAGACUAACGAUGGAGAUUGCACAACAAGAAACUCAUUAAAUCCUCUUGUAGAGAUUAUUAUGAACUCACAUCAGUGCAGAAUUAUUCUCGGACCCUCAAUUAGAAAAUAAAAAUUUGAAGCAUUGCCAAUCAUGUAAAAUUGCACAAAAUAUAAGUGGAGUGCAGAAAACAAAGACAAAUUGAGCAGCGGCAUAUAAUACUCAUAUUAGAAUGGAUGAUGUAACACUGAUCUUUGAUUGGCCAAUCAUUACCAAUGACAACCAUACUGAGAACGCAAAAUGUGAACAUUCAAUGACACAUGCUGAAGAGAUUGGAUAUGUCUAUAUAAUACCAAUCAUAUGUGGCUUGGGCAUCAUAUAUACCAUCAUUAAUAUUGUAGUACUGUCUCAGCGUUGCUUAGAAGGGACACCUUAUACGUAUCUUCUGGCAUUGGAGAGUUCUGAUUUGGUGACGUUGAUGCUGGUGUUUCCGAUCGGAUUCGUUCGUUGUAUGAGUUGCAAUACCCAGGAUUCCGCAGGCUAUGGACGCAGAUUCUAUGAGGUUUACAUCAUGUUGCCAUUCAAUAAUAUCUCCGCUACGAUGAGUAUAUGGAUCACCAUGGCCCUGGCUAUAGAGCGGUAUCUCUAUGUUAAACGUCCCUUGUUGAGUAUGAAGUAUUGCACUAUUCCUAAUACACGUCUCAUCAUAGCAAUAAUUGCAUUAGGAGCAAUAACACUAAACAUAUCAUAUUUCAUAGCUAGUAAGAUUACAGAUUGUAACACUUACGAUUUGUCUGAAUUUGGACACAGUUCGCUCUAUAUAGCAUUAUCUUGGAUAAGGGCGUUGUUUCGUAAUUUUUUACCGUCACUUAUUCUUACAGUUCUUACGUGUAUUCUGAUCCACUCUGUUUGCACCUGGAAAAUUCCGCAUCAUGACUCAGAGCAUCGCUACUGCAAAGAACAUCACCAUAUAAUGACCAAUCACCAGCUCACAAUGGUACUAAUUUGUAUCAUUUUUGUGUCCCUUCUCGGUAACAUUCCAAUAGCGUUUGCCUUUCGUGGAGUCGCAACACCAAUAUUUGGCAAUCUUAAUACCGAUUUGUAUCGGAAUUACCGCCUUGUGGCAAACAUUCUAGAAUUAGUGGCUACAUCUACCAACUUUAUUAUUUACUGCACGAUGGAUCGGAGGUUUAAAAUUGUGUUAAAAGAUGUCGCCACCAGAUGGUGCUGCCCGUGGAAAAGAAGGAAUUUAGC